GUCCAACAGUGUAACUCGCCGAUCAAAUGUGGGUCAGUCCAGACGGGCGGUGACGUCGCCGCUCAGUCUGUGACGACGCCAGCGAGCGAGUCGGUAAAACGCCGAACAUUUUUUUGUUCACUUUUUCACGUUCUUUUGUCACCUUUUCCUCAAAUCCUCACGCGUCGUUCGACUUUUUCUUCGGGGAACGAGCGACUGAAAAAAAAAUGUGCUUGCGUUAGUUGCCGUUCCGCAUGGCGUAGUUUUCUUUCUCCUCCUUCCGUCCUUCGUCGAUGUCUUCCUUCUUGUUGCGGCCGAACCGUGUUUGAGUUUCGGGAGUUGACCGCCCGGACGGCGGCGGUGGCGGCGUCUUCCUCCGAAGAAGGUUGCCUCCCCUCGAGCGCACCCGGCGGUGGACAUGUCGGAGCUUGCCACUCGAGCCAGUUAAUGGACAUGUCGGCGCAGUAGAGGACGAACCCGGAUCAACCGGGACUGAUCUGGACGGACCCAGUGCGACUCGGUGUGCGCGUCCUGCCUCAGAAUUGGCUUCCGGGACUCUGAUCAAAAUAAAUAAAUUGAUCAAUUCCCUGACUGACAUUGUCGGGCAACGGCGGAUACCUGAAGUUGGCUGAACGACCUGCAAGAUGACAUCGAGCACGCCAGAAGACAUGAUUAACCUGCGGCUGAUCCUGGUCAGCGGCAAGACCAAAGAAUUCCUGUUCCCCCCCGACGACUCGGCGGCCGACAUCGCCAAACACGUGUACGACAACUGGCCGAUGGACUGGCAGCAAGAGCAAGUCAGCAGUCCCGACAUCCUGCGCCUCAUCUACCAGGGACGCUUCCUGCACGGCAACGUCACGCUCGGAGGCUUGAAGCUUCCUGCGGGCAAGACCACCGUCAUGCACUUAGUGGCCAGGGAGACGCUGCCCGAGCCCAACUCCCAAGGUCAGAGGAACCGGGAGAAGAGCGGCGAGCGCAACUGCUGUGUCAUCCUGUAAGCGGAACCCUUGAACACCCCCCCCCCCCCCCCCCAACCUUCUUUGCUUUGGUGCUUUCUCAACACUGUAAAAGCCUUCGCGCACGCACGGUGACUCACUGGCUGAGGGCCGGUUGCCAUGGCGAUGCCAUGCCUUCUUUUUCUUUUGGAAUUC